AUGACCCCUAUACGCAAAACUAACCCACUAGCAAAACUAAUUAACCACUCAUUCAUUGACCUCCCUACCCCGUCCAACAUCUCCACAUGAUGAAACUUCGGCUCACUCCUUGGUGCCUGCUUAAUCCUUCAAAUCACCACAGGGCUAUUCCUAGCCAUACACUACUCACCUGAUGCCUCAACCGCCUUCUCAUCAAUCGCCCACAUCACCCGAGAUGUAAACUAUGGCUGAACCAUCCGCUACCUCCACGCUAACGGCGCCUCAAUAUUCUUCAUUUGCCUCUUUCUACACAUCGGCCGGGGCCUAUACUACGGCUCAUUUCUCCACCAAGAAACCUGAAACAUCGGCAUCAUCCUCCUACUCACAACCAUAGCAACAGCCUUCAUAGGCUAUGUCCUCCCAUGAGGCCAAAUAUCCUUCUGAGGGGCCACAGUAAUCACAAACUUGCUAUCCGCCAUCCCGUACAUCGGAACAGAUCUAGUCCAAUGAGUUUGAGGUGGUUACUCAGUAGAUAGCCCUACCCUUACACGAUUCUUUACCUUCCACUUUAUCCUACCCUUCAUUAUCACAGCCCUAACAACCCUCCAUCUCCUAUUUCUACACGAAACAGGAUCAAACAACCCUCUAGGCAUCCCCUCCCACUCUGACAAAAUCACCUUCCACCCCUACUACACAAUCAAAGACAUCCUAGGCCUAUUCUUCUUUCUCCUGACCUUGAUAACAUUAACACUAUUCUCACCAGACCUCCUAGGAGACCCAGACAACUACACUUUAGCCAACCCCCUAAACACCCCACCCCACAUCAAACCCGAAUGAUAUUUCCUAUUUGCCUACGCAAUUCUCCGAUCUGUCCCCAAUAAACUAGGAGGCGUCUUAGCUCUAUUACUAUCCAUUCUCAUCCUAACAAUAAUUCCUAUUCUCCACAUAUCCAAACAACAAAGCAUAAUAUUCCGCCCAUUAAGCCAACUACUCUACUGAUUCCUAAUCGCAAACCUCUUCACCCUAACCUGAAUCGGAGGACAACCAGUAAGCUACCCCUUCAUUACCAUUGGGCAAGUAGCAUCCGUACUAUACUUCACGACAAUCCUAUUCCUGAUACCAAUCACAUCCCUGAUCGAAAACAAAAUACUCAAAUGAACCU